GCUUUAUCUGGAUCCACACCAAAAAAAAAAAAAAAAAGUUAACAGGGUCUUUUCUGGGCAGAGACCCAUCCUCCAUUCAAGCUUUGUGGAAAUCGGUUCCGUAGUUUUCGUGUAAUCGUGCUGACAAACCAACAAACAACCGGACAAGGGUGAAAACACAACCUCUUUGGCGGCUGCAAUAAAAACUAAUAUCAGAGUGGUGCUGGGUGACUGGAUGUGCUCCCAUAACCAAUGAAAAGAAACUGCAGAAUGCCUUCUAAAUAUAAUGCCUUUUUAUGAUGUAUUUAAAACACGCCCAAACUCAUGGUGAACCAGCCUGAAUUCUUUCCGCCGGGCCGAACCCAUUUCACCUGCACAGUGAGACCCAAAACUGUUCAAGUUGGCGGGGAAACGGCCAAAUCUGGCAACUCAGUUGUAAACUGCGGCCGUCCUCCGCGGCCCCGCCCUUCACUCCGCACCUGCAUGUGAACUCUCCCCGAUCCCACCUCAGCGGGGCGCGGUCCUGAGGGUGGAGUCCACCGCCGCCGCCGCUUGGGGAACACUUCGCCUGUCUUCACACUUGGCAGUCGUCGCCCCGAGUCGCGCCUCACUCCUCCUUCUUCCUCUUCUCCGCUGCGCUUUUCUUAUUCUGUUUUGGAAAGCGGUCCAACUAUCAGGUGAAGAAGGGCACCGCGCUGAGAAGAUGAUGGCUCCGGAGCCGCUGAAAUCCGCCAUAACGUGCCCGGUCGUGGAGGACACUUCGCUCGCGCUGCCCUCCGACAAAGGGCUGCGCUCGGGACAGCAGCGCGUGCUGGAUCAGGUGCACACCAUCAAGAGGAGCAAGUCCAAGCAGGGGAAGAACGGCGCGCUGACCCCCUCCCCGACAAGCCCGGGUCCUGCAUCACUGACAACAUACGACUUUGCAUCGUUCAGGUUUGCUCCAUCCAAACCGAAUGGCACCAUCCACCGCUCCAUAUCGUCAGGCUACAGCAAAUCGUUCAACAAUCAGAAGAGUCGCACUCUAUCCAGCAGAACCGCAGGAGGAAGACACGUCUCCUCCAGCACAUGGGAACAGCAAAUGAAUGCCUCCACCUGGCCCAAGAGUCCCAAUGGGCUGAAACCCAGUCGCAGUGACCCCGCCUUGGCUCCUGCAUUUUCAGUUGCUCCUGCUCCUGUCAGUCCGUCUGCUCAGAUUAUGAGAGCAAAGGGGCAGACUGUCCAAAACCAGCAGACUGUCCAAAACCAGCAGACAUUCCAGAGUACUCGAGCAAGCAGACACAGCACCUAUUCUGUCACCAACGGCUCUCAGCUGAACAACAGCCAGCUGACCAACAGCCAGACACGCAUGGUUCGACCGCCCUCAACCGUGUCUCAGACUGACGGCAGGAUGGGAACCAUCAAAACAUCUAAGUUCGAGCAGCAAUCAGCAGUGAACAGCGCGGUGAACAUGUCAGACCUGACCCUGAAGGAGGCUGUGGAGUAUCUGUCUCACCCUGAGGAGAAUUACCAGCAGUGUGGAGCCACCUUCAUCCAACACACCACCUACAAAGAGGAGCAUGCCAAACAGGAGGUUUCUGAACUCGGAGGAAUCCCCACUCUGGUCACCCUGCUGCGGAGCUCCAGUCCCGGGGUGAACCAGGCUGCUGCCGGGGCUCUGAGGAACCUGGUGUUCAAGCACCAGGGCAACAAGCUGGAGGUGCAGCACUGCAGCGGUAUAGCUAAGGCCCUGCAGCUACUGAAGGAGACCGAUUCUACUGAGACCCAGAAACAAAUCACUGGACUGCUGUGGAACCUGUCCUCCGCCGAUGAGCUGAAGGGUGAACUGAUAGCUACAGCUCUGCCUGUUCUGACUGACAAUGUGGUGGUGCCAUUCACCUGCUGGUCAGACAGCAGCGCCAACAACAACAUACACCCUGAUGUCUUCUACAGUGCCACAGGGUGCCUGCGGAACCUGAGCUGUGCCCAAAAGAGUGAAAGGCAGGCGAUGAGAGACUGCCGUGGGCUCAUUGACUCCCUCAUGAGUUACAUCCAGUCAUGUGUGGCAGAGGACAACCCUGAUGACAAGUCUGUGGAGAACUGUGUCUGCAUCCUCCACAACCUGACCUACCAACUGGAGUCGGAGUCCCCUGAGUGCUUCAGCAAGUUCCUCCCAAAGGCAGACGCUCAAGCUGGAAAGAAAAGCCCCACGAUCGGAUGUUUCAGCCCCAAGGCAGGCAAGGCUCAGAAGGAGUUUACAUUCGAUGCAUCUCAGGGGACUCUAGACAACAGCGCCCCAUCAGGUGUGAAGUGGUUGUCCCACCCAUCAGCCAUGCAGACCUACCUGUCUCUGCUGAGCACGUCCCAGAAAGAUGCCACCCUGGAAGCCUCCUGCGGCGCCCUCCAGAAUCUCACUGCCAGCAAAGGACUGGGCUCCAGUGCUAUGAGCCAGAUUCUGGUUCAGAAGUUGGGGGCUCUGGCUCACAUGUCCUCUCUUCUAAAGUCUCCUAACCGCAGCCUGCAGAAGACGGUCAUGUCCCUGAUGGGCAACAUGUCCCGGAGCAGCAAUUUGCAGACCUCCAUGGCAAAGCAGAUGUUGCCUGAGCUCACCAGCCUCCUCGCUAACCCCCAGGAUUUGGGAAACUCUGACGAGACUAUAGCGUCAACUUGCAGCACAGUCCGGACUCUGAUGGCGGCUGACCCUGAAAUCACCAAGAAGGUCAUCAGUAAUGAACUGGUGUCAUCACUGGGAGACCUCAGCGAGAACGGGUCUUUCCCCAAAGGCAGCAAAGCAGCCUCCAUGCUGCUCUACAGCUUAUGGAACGAGAAGAAUUUGCAGGGUCCCCUGAAAAAGCUGGGCUUCAACAAAUCGCUUUUUAUCAACGAAAACACCACAGCAGUGCACAGGUCGAUGCAAGUCAUCGAGUGAGUGUGGCGGACGAGUGGAGAGGCGCCACCGAGCCUGAGAGAUGGAAACCAGCAAGUUUAGGCACUGCUGAGGCCACGCCCAUGUAACGAGGGGGAAUAAAUUAUUCUUCACUUCAUGACCGUUUUGAAAGAUCCUAUCAAUUAGAGGCAAUCAUUUGUUGUUCAUACUUAAGAGAAACAAGAGCUUUAAUUUCUUAUAUAAUCCUGCAGUGUUGUAUGUAUUUAAUUUGAGGAUGUUUCUGUCUGUGUUGUGUGUGUAGGCAGGUGAGUGUGUUUUAGGUUGGUAAAGGUGCGUGUCCACAGGGGCUUUUUUUUUUUUUUUUUUUUUGAAACAUGAGGGCUUGAGACGCUUCUUAGCACUUGGACACUUUUCCAAAGCAGGCUGACGCUCUGUCCACAUUACCUGCCUGAGCAGUGUGUGUGUGUGUGUGUGUGUGUGUGUGUGUGUGUGUGUGUGUGUGUGUGUGUGUGUGUGUCGACACAGACUGUUAUCAUUUUCCAUGGAGUUUGCCUUUGCUAAUGAACCAUAAACAUGAUGACUGUCCUUAACCCUUGUAGAGAGAGGGAGUAAGAAAAAAAUAAGAGCUCACCAGAUGAAUGCUGCCCUUCACCUGUUGUGUAUAUUCUCUCCAAGUUUGUGACAUUUACUACAGAUAUAAACAUUGAUACUGUGGUUGAGCGCUAUUAUGAUGCCUAUGCACAGAUCAUUUCCAUGUCUAUUUUUGCAGAGAACUGUGCACGUGUUAGGCAAGAUUCCAAAUUGAUGUAUGUUCUAGCACGGCUGGAAAUAAAGCAAGAGGGUCCAUGUGCACUCGUGCUGCAUUUGUGCUGCUUAUGUGCCGUGAGCAAUAUGGACGUGCUCGCAAACGCUCCCUGGCAGCACCUGAUUGGACAAAUGCCACCUGUGCGCUCUCUGCGCAGGGGUUUCAAAUGCUGGCUUGUUUUGGAAAUGUUCUCUUAUGUUCACUAAUUCACUUUUCAGACAGCGAAAAAAAAAAAAGGUUUGCAGUUGCUAAAUCUGUCUUGAUUUUAACCCAACAACAGUUCCAAUCUCUUUAAUAUGCAACAUGAAUAAUUGUAGCCCUUGUGGACACGUACCAUCAGUGUGUGUGUGUGUGUGUGUGUGUGUGUGUGUGUGUGUGUGUGUGUGUGUGUGUGUGUGUGUGUGUGUGUGUGUGUGUGUGUAUGUGUGCUGAAGCUCAGUAGUUUAUUUUCGUACGGCUGAUACACCAGAUGGUGCAUAGACAAUGACACCUGCAGUAAAAAGUAACUUGCAGUAAAAGAUAAAAUAUUUAUAUCUUUGAUAAUUUGGCAGCAUUUUAAAAAAUGACAAAAACAUUUGAAAAGCUAAAAGAGAGAAAAAAAGUCUAAAGAUUGUGCUCCAUUAUUAUAAAGCAUUUUACUUUUUUAAAAUGUUUUGCUUGCUUUUUAGAAGUUGUCAGAUUGUGUUUAAUGUGGUCAGAGUAUAUAAAGGAUUUUUAUUAAGGACUGAGCAAACUCAGCUUAAAUAACAUUCACACAAAAGCAAAGAAUUGCUACAUUUCUAAUGUUUAAUGCAGUUUGGUGGAUUUUUAUGUCAUGUUACUUUUGCUUUGUUGUCUGUUUGAUUAUGUGAUUCAGAGUUUUGUUUUUUAAGAAAAUAACAACACGCAAUUUAUAACAAAAAACAAAAACAUCUUUUAAUAAGAGUGCCAUAAUAGUUAAAGGAACAGUUUAAAAUAUGGGGAACUGCUCGACACCGUGCUCACGUCCGUACACUGAACGGGAAACUACAACCAGCAGCUGAUUAACUUAGCAGAGCACAAGGACUUGAGACAGGCAAAAACAGACUCCAGUAAACUGCACCUUUAAGCUCAAUAAUUAACACAGCGUACAGAAACAGAUUUAUGUGACACAAAGUACACAAAGAAAACAUUUGGUGGAGAUUUGGCACCUUUUCCCCAAUGUUUUGAACUAUUGAGUGCAAGGGUUGGAUUUUUUUUUUUUUUGCCUGAAUUGUUUUUUUGUGUGUGUUUUUUUUUCAUGUUUGUUUGCUGGGAUAAGCUGAUCAAUCUGAGAAGGAUUGGAAUAAAGUAGUUAUAUAUUAUAUAGGUACAUAUUCACAUUAGUCAUCUAUAAGUGUAAAGUGAUAGUCAGUCAUCCUCCAGAAAAACCUUAGAAAUCCAAUUUGAAAUGGAUCAACAGUUGACCCAGUCGGUGUUAGCUGAUUUCGGCACACUGAAAGUCUCUUUUUAAGUCUCCUUUGAUUUAGUUGGACAGAAAAGAGGGGAUACUGAAGCCUGUGCCUUUUUUAAAGAUAAGUCUGAUGAAUCAUGAUCUGCAUGUGAAGAGAGAAGCUGCACAAUAAAUAUGUAAUAUCUAAAUGUUUUUAAUCAGUAAACAGAUAUGUGUUCUACUGUCAUUUUAUCAGGGCCCGUCGCAGGGUAUCUGCUCUCAUAUUCAAAACCUUUCUACCGAAAACAGUGCUUUUUGAAACAGCUUUUUUUUUUUUUUUUGUGAAGAUCCAUCAUUACAAAUCACUAACGCAUUCUUGGGAAAGCGAUGAGAGGGUUGGCAGUUGGCAUCUGUGGGAAUUCCCCGUGGCUCCAACGAUGCACUUGCAGUGGACAGCUUUUAUAGACUCUGUAGUCGCACUGAGGUUCUUCUGCCUCUGGGAGGAUUGAUGUCAGUAUUGCUUUGAAUGUAUUUUUGCAGAAAUCUGUGUGUGGCUUAUAAUUACGAGCUUUCACUGUCACUGAGUCUGUAUGGAGAAUAAAUAACAGAUAUGAAGACAACA